AUGGAAGGUGGAUUCUUGCAAGAUACGAUUAUAGGGAAAGUGGAUUCUUGUAAGAUACGAUUGCAGGGAAGGUGGAUUCUUGCAGGAUAUAAUGGCAAGGAAAGUGAAUCCUUGCACGAUGACAUGGAAGGUGGAUUCUUGCAUGACCACGAUCCACUUUCCAUGGAAAGAUGUAAAUUCAUGCAAGAUGAUAGAGGAUUACUAUAA